AUGGAAGUCUCAUAUUCAAUUUAUACUCUAGCCUCUAACAUUCUCCUAAUAAUACUUCUCUUCACUUACACCAUUAAUUCAAUCUCUGCCCUUGAGAAAACAAACACCGAGUUCAUCAGAGCAUCAUGCAGUUUGACAAGUUACCCUACACUCUGCUUCAACUCACUCUCAACUCGAUCAGGUGCAAUCCAAACAAGCCCUAAGCUACUAGCCCAAACAGCUCUUUCUAUCACCCUUGACACAACACGCACCACCUCAUUAGCAAUGAUAAAACUGUCACAAGUUCAUGGAAUGGCUCCACAAGAAGUUGCUGCCAUGAAAGACUGCAUUGAGUUGCUGAGUGACGCGGUAUACGAGUUGAAAAAAUCACUCGAGGAGAUGAGUCAACCGGGUUCAAAAGAUUUUAGGCUAGUGAUGAGUGACAUACAAACGUGGGUCAGUUCUGCAUUGACGCAUGAAGACACGUGCUCUGAAGGGUUUGUGAAUGACCCAAAAAUGAAAAGUGUGGUGAGAGGAAAGAUUGUGAAUGUUGCCCAUUUAACCAGCAAAUGCUUUGGCUUUGAUCAAUAA